AUGAACGCCCCCGAUAGCGAGAUUGACUAUUCCACGGACGAUACCCCCUCGAGCAUGGGGUCUGACGACGGUUGGGUCAACUUUGGCUGCGGCGAUCUAGACGAUGAUAUCUGCGGCAAGGACGAGGACAAGGACGACGACGACAACAACAACAACGACAACGACAACGGCGAAAACGACGAGAACAACGAAAACGACGACGACGAAAACGACGAGAACAACGACAACGACGACGACGACUCUGAUCAUGUUCACACUCACACCACUCACACCACUUACAUCAAGAUCAAGUCCAAAAAUGGCGCAUCCAGCCGGGUGAAGCCGCCCACCGUCUCUGUCAAGCAUCGUUCGUCUCGUUCAAAAGUAAAGCACCACAAUUCUACCACUGACCACCGCGACUUCAUUGUCUGCUUCAUGAUGAUGUUGGUCAUUCUGACACUGUUGUUACCUGAGCGAACAUUCGUUUUCUGCCAACUGGUGGGCUUCUUACUGGCCGAGGUUGCAUCAAUCUUAAUCGAGGGAAAAACUCUCCGGUUUGUAUUAGCUGUAGUGUUGUUCACUGUGGCGAGCCUCAAGAAGCAGAACCCGUGA